AUUUACCGUGCCCAGCAGUUUCUAAGGCAGGUUAGACUUAUCCUGAGCCAGGUCAAGUUUUGUUCAGUGCUCCAGUAUACAUACAAGUAGACACAGGAAAUGAAAAGCAGCUGAUAGCAGCAUCAUGAUGCGGAACAAUAGUGAGGAGUUCCACAAGACCCAUCCAACAGAGCUAACGGAGCAGUUGUACCUGUCAGCAGCUAGAGCAGUAACAUCAAAAGCACUUUUGGACCUUGGAAUAACAUCUAUCAUAAAUGCUACCCUGGAGCUGCCUACUGUUGCUUACCAGAAGCAGGAGACUAUACAAAUUGCUGUUGAAGACAGGAUUGCAAGUAAACUUUAUAUUUACUUUGACCUUGUUGCAGAUAAGAUCCAGCAGGUUCAUUUGAGCGGUGGAAAGAUCAUGGUUUAUUGUAGAGCUGGUCAAUCAAGGUCAGCAACAUUAUGCAUAGCAUACUUCAUGAAAUAUCAUGGACUUAGCUUUGAAGAUGCAUUCCAGUUUGUUAGGUCAAAGCGUCCAAUUAUACAUCCCAAUAUUGGUUUCAUACGCCAACUUAAGGAAUAUGAUGCCAAGUUGAAAAUAAAGGGUUCUAUUCCAUCACUAGCAAUAGCAAUUACACCACUGCCUGCAAGAAAAAAUAAUUGCCUUCCAUUGAGCUUACCGCUGCCAAUCAUUGCUGUUGAAUCCAUUGUACCUAAUGACAAUGUUGAGAAUGAGUUGGAUGAAAUAGAAUCUCUGCCAGUUAACCUUGACCUUGCUUUUGUUCGUAUGCAUGAUCAAUGCAUGAAUACUUUAGAAAAUUAUGAAAUUCAGGUGGUUAACACCUGUGAAAAGUUGGAGGAUUUGAAGUACAAUCCAGAUAAAACAAUAACAAACUUUCAUCAUCCUCAAUCAGUGGCCAAUGUAAGAGAAGAAGAUAUUGGGGAUAGUACUGGAUAUUGGGACCCUAAUCUUAAAAGAAGCAAAAGCCUCAGAACUGCAUUUACUCGUCUCUCCAAGCCUAAUGAAAUAGCUGUAAGUUUUAUGAAUUUAGCAUUAGAUUUAGCUCUAAUUUCAAAUAGAAUAACACCUUUCAAACUCAUUAUUAACAAAGAAUAUUGUUCUUCAGACUUUUCAGAACUGCACCAAGCUUAUGAGGUCUUGGAAGAAGUCCCUGAUGUCUGUCUCUGUGAGAUUCCAGAUAUAAAGACUUCAUCAAAAAAUCUUCUAGAUGUAAUUGAUCAUUCCAUUAUCUGCAAACCUCAUUUGUGUCCGUCUUAUUCAUUUAUUAUACCUCUGUGUGAUGUUGAAGAAAUUGUUUCUAUGCAAAACAAAACUUUGGAAAAAUCCUCCAAGAGAACAUUUUCCAGAAAUUCCUCAUUUAAAGGUCACAUUAAUUUCCGUGAAAAGUCGCAGAAUGUAAACUAUUCUGCAUACUCCAAGUCCAAUCUUAAAGCAGUCUCAUCAAUUGAUGCCUCUAACAAUUUAAGGAAAGCAAACAGAGAAUACUGCAAUGAUUUCCUUUUCUCAACCGUAUGUUUUUCACCAAUCCUUUUGUGGGAAAAAUGCACAAUGUUGCCUUCUUCAUCAAUAACUUUGAUUGAUCUAAAAACUAAUCCAUUGAUUGUACGACAAUCAUUUAAAUCUGUGAUAAUUACUGCCCCAUGCAUUCUCUCCAGUGUGAAUGAACAGACCAAAUGUCAAUCACCAGAAGAGGGAUAUCACAAGUUAGAUUUCUCAAUCACUGAAUUUGAAACUUGCCAGUUUGCUAUUUCAGUUGAGCAUUGUUAUUUGGGAUGUGAGAAUAUAGAACUUGGAAAAGCAAUGAAUAUAUCACGGAAAUAUCCAUAUUACUGCAAAUCACAACAAACAAGUGCCAUUGAAAUGUUUCAGGCCAAAGAGGAAGCUCACCUUAACAUUCAAUGGUUUCAAGAAUCAUAUACGAAAAUUCCCAACAAUACAGUAAAGCUUAUAAGAAAAGUCUCAAAUUGCAAACCAGAAUCUAAACCAAUCCUACCAUUAAGACUAAAUUGGGCGUCAGACAGUCUUUUAACAAGUGAAGCUGGUUUUCUUAUUGAUAUGGCUGAUCACAACUGGACUGAAGAACAUGCUCUGAUUGUACUUGCUGAUAAAGUUUGUUUUAGCUUUGAGGAAACUUUAAAUCAGCCCCUGCUGAAGACGGAUAUCAUUGGUAAAUUUUAUGUUCCUCAUUAUAAUCCUAUUCUUUUUCAGAGAUAUUGUGAUGUAAUAUUCUUUUCACUUGUACAAAUCUUUGAACCUCAGAUAAAUGUUAUGAACAAUAUUUAUUCAGCUCCAACAACAAAAUAUUUGUUUGCUAAGGGGAAAAUGUUAAUCCAUCAAGAAUUCAAAGUGGUGGCAGUGCAAACUGUUCCCCAAAUAAAAGAAAGAGAAGAAUUUGUUGAAGAAAUACCUGAACAAAUUUGUGACCUAAACACCCUUAAAAUAAUGCUUGCAAAUGAAAACAGCAGCUCUAAGUGCAAUAUUUGGCUUGAUGUUUUUAAGAGAACUAUAAUGAAAUUGAGACCAACCUUUGCAACGCAAAGCUAUGAACGUACUCUGAAAACAGUUUGUAUAAAUACAUCAGCAUCAUUAGAAUGUCAAAGUUUGUUACUCCCAAUUUCUACUGUUUUCGAAGCUUUGGCGGAAUCAGAGAUAAUGAUAUCUGAGAGUUCCAGUGCAUGCUGUGAAGAGAAGUUUACAUUUGAUAAUAUUUUUGAAUUUUCAAAUAUAAGUCAAAUUAAGAAAAACUCGGAGCAGUUUGAAAUACAAAUUUCUAUUGCUGAUAAUUAUACCAUAGAAUACAAUCCAAGCUGCUGGGAAAUUGCUUUAACUUUCCAAGGUUCAUACUCCCUGACCCUUCAACAAUAUGCUACAUCCUCGGUCUCUUUUCCUAACAAGUUGUAUACAAUGUCUUAUACUGACGUCAUGGGCUCAACUGUUCCAUACAAUAACACCGAGGAGCACAAAAGAACAGCAUUCCAAGUAGUUUCCAAACUACAUUCUGUUGUGAGUCAUCAAUUCAUGACACAUUUGACUUGUAGCAAAGCACAUCCAGCAUAUCAAUUUGUACAGGAUGUUGAAGACUGGCCUGAUACUCUUAUACAUUCCAUUGAAGCUAAGGAAUUUGCUCAUACAGUGACAAUAGAUACCCUUUGGUUUUUUUCUUUGGACCCAGUAACAAAAGAAGAUGAAUCUCCAUACUCAAACUACUUAUUAUUCCUCCCUGAUUCAGACAGCGCAUCUCUUAUAGGCAAGGAAAUUAUCAAGGGUAGCAAUAUGGCUGUGGUUAAUACAUCCCAAGUUGUUGAGGAAAUAAUACAAGAUGUUAAAGGAGAGAUUAAAAUUGAAGACACCCUUGACUGGAAAACAUCAGAGAAGCAGGUAUCCUUUCUUGAAACUAGACAUUCAGGACAGAAGUCUAAGCCUAAAGUUCGAACUAUUUACUACGGGCGGGAUAGAAGCAAAGGUAGACCAAGUCUCUUAGAUGUCCACUCAAGUAACAAUAGAAGAAACAGGUCACUUUCUAAGCAUAAUGAAACUGAAGUAAUGCAUAAUCUAGCAAAAUCAGUGAAUGAAGCAAAUAGCAUUCUUGCCAGAAGAAGGGAAAGAGGGAGAUAUGACAGUCCCUCAACCCCGCUUAUUCCAAGAGGAAGAGAAUUAGAAAGAAGGUCUACAUCGAAAAACAGUCCUUACUCCAAACCAGACAGUGAAUUUGAUUCAGAUACGUCUGCACCUAAAAUACUGAGAAUUGUUAACAUUGCCCAAAAUCUUUUCACAAAGGGAGAACCUAGGCGCGAAAUGAGAGACCGACUAAACACUACCAGACCUGAUUAUACCAGAAAAUAUCAAUGAUCAUGUUUAUUCUACAUUUACUAUGUAAAUUAUUUUGAAUUCAUAAAUUAAUAUAUAAAUUAUAUUGUAAA